AUAGGACCGAGUACAGCGGCAGAGCGGCGAGGAGACAGCUAAUGGUCACUUGUACGGAAAGAUGCUGAUUGGUCUCGACCUGCCGUGACGUCACAGGGCUGUGAAUAAGUCUGGCUCGUGCGCUUUGCGGGAACAUUCAGAACACCGAAGACUGCGUGAGGAGCGUCAGUAACGCAACGACCUGUCACACACAACCUGUCCUUUGUAGCAUCUUUCACCUCUUUUACCUCACCGAGGAGGAAACACCCGACCUGAAGGAAACGCACUCUGAACUGGCUUGAUGGUUAUCUUAUCUUAUUAGAGCGCGCGCCGGUGGACACAUGGUGGACGUGGUGAAGUGCGUUCAGCUCGCGCUUUGAUGUGAUCUUCUCGUUUGCUGGUUCCGGUUGCAUUCUGCUCUGCCAACAGACACUUUUCCUUCAUCGCUCUUUUUUCUCCAAUGCUUAACCUUGACAACAAUCGCAACUUGCUGAUGCGUGAUGGUGUUCCCCGUGUAGCCAACAUCCGGUUGGUGAUUUAACUUUACCGACGUGCACUGGCUUUAUUUGAAUCACUGCAAAUGUGUUUGUGUGGAAGAGGACCGAAACGACUGACAGCUGAGGCUCUGCCGGUUCCUCCUGCAUGAGAAGGCUCACAUUUGAUUGCUCGGGGCUUUUUUUGUUGUUGUUUGGACGAAACGCAGAAGUGGUGCCGACACCUGAGUGUUUCCCAUCUGACAACCGUUCACAAAGACUUACAAGAGACUUGGAGUAACCUUCGGCGCUUUUGUGUGUGUGUUUUUUGUGUGUGCGUGUGAGAUAAUACGAAAAGGCUCUCAGGUUGUGGAGAAAAACGCAGCAGUGAUUGUGGGAGAGCAUCCAAAGACGAUGGUCCACUGUGCAGGCUGCGAGAGGCCUAUACUGGACAGGUUCCUGCUCAAUGUGCUGGACAGAGCGUGGCACAUCAAGUGUGUGCAGUGCUGUGAGUGCAAAUGCAAUCUGACCGAGAAAUGCUUUUCUCGAGAAGGGAAACUCUAUUGCAAAAAUGACUUCUUUAGGCGCUUUGGGACAAAGUGCGCAGGUUGUGCUCAGGGCAUUUCGCCCAAUGACCUGGUCCGCAGAGCGCGCAGUAAAGUGUUCCACCUCAACUGCUUCACAUGCAUGAUGUGCAACAAACAGCUGUCUACGGGGGAGGAACUCUACAUCAUAGACGAGAACAAAUUCGUGUGCAAAGACGACUAUUUAAGUAACACCAACGUGAAAGACACCAACCUUCUCUCGGUAACAGCCUGCAGUGAUCCGAGUUUAUCGCCCGAUUCCCAAGACCCGCUUCAGGACGAUGUGAAGGACUCGGAAAUCGCCACCUUGUCGGACAAAGAAACGGUGAACAACGAGAACGACGACCAGAACCUGGGCGGGAAGCGGCGCGGCCCGCGCACCACCAUCAAAGCCAAACAGCUCGAGACGCUCAAGGCGGCGUUCGCGGCCACGCCCAAGCCCACACGCCACAUCCGGGAACAGCUCGCGCAGGAAACCGGCCUCAACAUGCGCGUCAUCCAGGUGUGGUUCCAAAACCGGCGCUCUAAAGAGCGGCGCAUGAAGCAGCUGAGCGCACUGGGCGCGCGGAGACACGCGUUUUUCCGGAGUCCACGGAGGAUGCGCACGCUGGUGGACCGCCUGGAGCCAGGAGAACUCAUCCCGAACGGCCCCUUCUCCUACUACGGAGAUUAUCAGAGUGAUUACUAUGGACCUGGAGGGAACUAUGACUUCUUUCCUCAAGGGCCACCGUCUUCACAGGCCCAGACCCCAGUGGAUCUCCCCUUUGUCCCGUCAUCAGGACCCACUGGCACCCCUUUAGGGGGCAUGGACCAUCCCAUCCCUGGGCAUCAUCCGUCCAGUGAAGUACAGCGCUUUUCAGACAUCAUGUCUCACCACCCAGGAGAGUCGCCCAGCCCAGAACCUGGGAUCCCUGGACCUCUGCACAGUAUGUCAUCCGACGUGUUUGGCCCUAGUCCCUCCUUUACCUCACUCUCCCUCAAUGGAAGCGGAUACAACAACCACCUCUCCCAUCCUCCUUCAGAAAUGAAUGAGGGCACAGUCUGGUAG